UAAGACAACGAAACAGUAAUCCUUUGUACUUUUCCAAGCAGCCAAGGGAGCUGUCAGAACCCACCAUGGUGAACCUCAUCACUCUAUGCUCAUAAUUCUCAAUCUUACAAUACCAAGAUCAUCAAGAAAAAACAGUAAAACUCAUAGACAUGAAUCACCUUAAACUAUGGCUACUUAUAAACACUUUCUUCAUUACUAUAAUAACAACACAGACGUUACUUGCUCAAAACCAGAUACCAACAACUCUCGAUGGCCCUUUUAAACCAGUAACUCGCAGGUUUGAUCCUUCAUUACGUAGAGGAAGUGAUGACUUGCCAAUGAACCAUCCAAGACUUAAAAAGAACGCAACUUCAAACUUCCCUGAACAGAUAUCACUUGCCAUCUCCUCACCAACUUCAAUGUGGGUUUCUUGGGUCACCGGGGAAGCACAGAUUGGUUCUGAUGUGAUUCCUCUUGAUCCUGCUUCUGUGGCAAGUGAGGUUUGGUAUGGAAAAGAGAGUGGAAAGUACGCAAGUAGAGGAAAAGGAAAUUCAACUGUUUAUACUCAAUUGUAUCCGUUUGAAGGACUUUCGAAUUACACCUCUGGCAUCAUUCACCAUGUGAGAAUUGAUGGUCUUGAACCUGGGACAAAGUACUUUUACAAGUGUGGAGAUAGCUCUAUCCCAGCUAUGAGUGAAGAGCAUGUCUUUGAAACAUUACCUUUGCCUAGUCCAAAUGCAUACCCUCAUCGAAUAGCCAUUAUUGGAGAUCUGGGACUCACAAGCAACUCAUCAACAACCAUAGACCAUGUGAUCGUGAAUGAUCCAUCAAUGAUUCUAAUGGUUGGAGACCUAACUUAUGCAAAUCAAUACCUUACAACUGGUGGAAAAGGAGCUCCAUGCUACUCCUGUGCAUUCCCUGAUGCGCCUAUAAGAGAGACGUAUCAACCCCGCUGGGAUGGCUGGGGAAGAUUCAUGGAGCCACUUAUCUCAAGCAGUCCUAUGAUGGUCAUUGAAGGGAAUCAUGAGAUUGAACCUCAGGUUUCUGGGAUAACUUUCAAAUCAUAUUUGACUAGAUACGCAGUUCCAUCGGAAGAGUCUGGCUCUAACAGCAACUUCUAUUAUUCAUUUGAUGCUGGGGGCAUACAUUUUGUAAUGUUAGGAGCAUAUGUUGACUACAACAGCACAGGUGCUCAGUAUUCUUGGUUAAAGCAAGAUCUAAAUCAAGUAGACCGCGCUAAGACCCCUUGGCUGGUAGCCGCCUGGCAUCCACCAUGGUAUAAUAGCUAUUCCUCUCACUAUCAGGAAUUUGAAUGCAUGAGGCAGGAAAUGGAAGCGCUUCUCUAUCAAUACCGUGUUGACAUUGUCUUUUCUGGUCAUGUGCAUGCUUAUGAGCGGAUGAACAGAGUUUAUAACUAUACAUUAGAUCCAUGUGGCCCCGUUUACAUAACAGUUGGCGAUGGUGGAAAUAUUGAGAAAGUUGAUGUCGAUCAUGCUGAUGAACCUGGAAACUGUCCAUCAGCUGGGGAUAACAUACCAGAAUUUGGAGGGGUGUGUCAUAUUAAUUUUUCUUCUGGUCCUGCUGAGGGCAAAUUUUGUUGGGACAAGCAGCCUGAGUGGAGUGCAUUUAGGGAGAGCAGCUUUGGGCAUGGAAUACUUGAGGUUGUGAAUUCCACAUAUGCAUUGUGGACUUGGCACAGAAACCAGGAUAUUUACAAGGACGAUAGUCACGGUGACCAAAUAUAUGUUGUGCGGCAGCCUGAAUUGUGCAUCGCUUCAACUUUAGAAGGAAGUGGCAAGCCUGAAGACGGAGGAGGUCUAACAAACGAAGCUGCUGAUUUGUUAGCUAGAUGGACGCGGUUCGCUGCAUCGAUAGAAAUGCUCACAGUUGCUGUUAUUUGGACAUCAUUCUACUGAUAUACAACAACCCUUUUACUUCAGGAUCUUGCGUUGCUCCUUGUUAACACCAUAAACACAAUACUCGUUGCCAUCUUGUCACACACUGCUCCGAUAAUGCAGACCAAUGUAUUUACGUUACAGAAACACCAUUUAUUGGUCAGUUGGUCACUACUUGUGAUUGCCAGAAACAUCCUCGGGAGUUGAUCAGAGGGAAACAUCUGGUUUUUGAAUUCAUGAAAAUAUAAUAUCUAGAAGAUAGAAAGAUUUGAAUAAACAUGGUAUCACUGUCUUAUUCUUA